AUGAUGGGCAAGAUAUAUUCGCAGGCAUAUGAAGUUCUCGUCUGGCUUGGUCGGUCGACUCUACUUACCGCCGAACUUCUAUAUAAUAUGCACGGCCUCGAGGUUGACGAGAACUACAGACUGGCUUGGAAAACAGAGAUUGAUAGUUUUGAGAAGGAGCGUAUGCAAUCCGACCUAGAAUACCUUUGCAGAUUCGAGUAUUGGGAGCGACUCUGGGUCGUACAGGAGUACCUACUGGCAAAAGAUGUGAUAAUAUGGUGCGGCGCCGAUUCAUUCGACCCAGAAAAGAUCAAGUGGCUGGUGUAUGUGGAGUUCAAGGAACGUCACCUGGCAGAGAGUUGCGCCAUACAACUAUUGCAGGGAAGAAAAGUGCGAAACGUACAUGCCGAACAGCUCUCCCUCAAACGACACCUCGAUGACUUCGUGACUAGCUUGAAUAUGCCCGCUACUAACGCGGCUAAGAGUCGCAAGAGGAAGCGCACAGUUUCAAAUCCAAUUCCUGUCCAGCUUCAGAGUCAGCUGCUCACGUUGCCUGGCGAGAUACGCAAUGCGAUCUAUCAUGAAGAUGAGUUGCCUACUACAGCUCAGAUCAGGCGGUUUCAUGCCGUCAAGGAACUGAUGCACACUUGCCGGCAGCUCCGCCUCGAGACUAGGGGAUAUAACUGGAUACACGUGUCUUGGAGCUGUGAAGUUAUCUGCAGUCCACUCAAUAAGUGGUUUGAUCCAGUCCCUGUUUGCCCCAAUCGUCUCCAGAUUCAGCCAUUGUGCGGAGGGCCAAGUCCCAAGAGUGCCUCUGAACAUGCUCGCAUCCUGGUCCGACUGUCCUCCAAACCUCCUCGCAUGGCUGUUGAUCGUCGCAAGGAUGAACCAGACUACUACUCCAUCGAUAGCGAUAUGUUCGACGAGCACGUCAGGCUGUGUGAAGCACAUCCCCACCUCGAGGUUAUCGUGUUGUCGAAUAGUCUAAGAAUCACCCAAGGCUGCCGUGGUCUCCUUGUCGCUGGAGCUGCCAUUCAGCUGAUCUUACGAGGAAAGAGGGUGAGCUUUGACGUUGAUGCCGCGUUCACCAGCGAUGUCGACAAGGUCGCACAAGCGAUGACGACCCGCAACGGUUUUGGGAGCUUUGAACAGGGCUUCCGCUAUCCGGAUAAUCUAAAAUAUUUUCCACAGGAUUCUUACAACGAGGCCGAACUAAGGUACUCGCAAACAGAAAAGAAGAGGGAAUUUGAGAAUUGGUUGGCGCAAAUCAAGGAGUGCACGUCAGCCAUGUCCACGCCAACGACCGAUAGUGAUCUGCGGGUUCUUGACGACAUGUUCACGAAUGCUCCUCGUCAAUCAAAGGCUGUUAAAUAA